AUGAGUUUCUAUCAAAAGCUAUGUCGUUUUACCAACAAUGCUUUCCCUCAUACAAUACCUGAUCACUACCGUGAACUUAUGCAGGUAAUAAGGUUCGGCUUUGCACAUGAGUCGGACAGAUCUCCUGGUCCAGGGGAUUUAGCUCUUUAUUGUCCAGCAUGUCCCCAGCCUGGCAUCAACUUACCUUCUUCUUGGAAGGAUACCUAUGACAGUUGGUUGGUCAUGCAAAGAUAUGUUGUCGAUGGAAAUUUUACAGCUCAGCAUAUGAAGAUGAAGACUCCAGAAGAUGAUGUUUCACUAGCAGACAGAAAGGGAUACAUGAAAUCAUCUUGCAGCAAUCACCGUGCUGUGAAUGCAGCCAAUGUCCAGAGAAGCAACCUAAGAGCUACAGGAGUUGGGGCAACUGCAUGUGCUAGGCAUGGAUGUUUUGUUCCCCAUGCAGUAGUUGACUUCCAAAAGGGAGAGAGGUAUGUUGGUUGCAUUGUUGUACUAUGA